CAGAGACAGAAACAGACGAUCGGGACUGAUCAGCGUCUAAUAAAUAUGUUUGUUCUCCAGCUGAUGUCGGGGUCUCUGCUCCUCCACCUGGUGAUGAGUUCAGGCUUUGGAAAUCACUCUCUGUGGACGUUGUUCACCUAUAUCUCAGGACCAACCCAGUUCUCAGAGUUCUCCAUGGUUCUGUUGCUGGAUGACAUCCAGGUGGGGUACUAUGACUCAGACACAGACCAACUGAUAAAGGUUGGUGAUGGAGGUGAGAAAGGGGCAGAGCUUGACCUGGGACAGUUCUUCUUGAAUUUGCUGCGUGAGACGAUGUCGGAGAUGAGGGGGAGGUUGGACAUAGUCAGAAGACAGCUGAACCUGACCUCUCCAGGCGUCUACGUUCAACAGAGGACGGUGGUUUGUGAGGUCCAGGAAGACGGUCAGGCAACACUUGUGAUUUUCAGGGAAGGUGCGAAUGGUCAUGAUGCCGACAGCAUCCAUUGUAACAAGACUCACUUCCUGUACGGCGGUGGUGAUGGUUGGGAUUUCCACUGGGACACCAUGAAGCAGAUGUACGUGCAGACUCUCUACACAAACAUCGUCCGGCCCUUAUGUGCCCAGACUGUGCGACACCUGCUAGAGAGCAACAAGCACCUGGUGAUGCGUCGUGUUCGACCUCGACUACGCCUCCUAUCACAGCCGGGGGGGGGCGGGGCCCAGAUCACCUGUCUGGCCACAGACUUCUACCCUCGCCACAUCAACCUGACGCUGCUGCGGGACGGUGAACCCGUGGACGAGGACCAAAUUACCGUUGGCUCAGUGCUGCCCAACGGCAACGGUCUCUACCAGCUGAGCAAGACGCUGAUGGUGGAUGUAGAGGAGCUGCAGAGGAAGCACAAGUACACCUGUGCAGCGUCUCACCUGAGUCUGGACAACCGGCUGGAUGUGAGCUGGAGGGCCGAGUCUUUCCAUUCAUUCAGAGUCCACGUCAUCUCUGCUCCCGUCGUCCUACUGGUUGUCGUCAUCCUGCUGCUGGUGCUGAUGAUGAAGAUGAGGAAGAGGUCAGGGUCAGAGGAAGCACUUCAUGAGGGAUCGGAGCCAGGGGUGGAGGACCGGGACGUGACGGCUCCACUGAAGCAGUUUUCCUGCAAAUAAACCCUGCGCCCAGUGCGGAAUUGUGACAUUGAUCUCACAACGGAGACGCCAAAAAACUGAUGAUAUAGUGGUGGAAAAUGUAGCAUUCGCCACUUUAUUAAACCAAAGCUACUGUGUGGAGAAAAUGUAUCCUCGUACAGAGAGCAGAGUCUAGAGACUGAUAAUGUGUCCCUAAAAGAUUAGCUCUGUUUUUCUGAAUCUUAAGAAUGAAUCAUCAUUUAUGCUUUAAAAUUAUUAUGCUGCCUGUUUUUAACCAUCAUUCUGCAUCGAGACGCCUGCAAUAGCUUAAAUAAA